ACCUUCACUUCUGUACUCAAUCACAGUAAUACUGUGAAUAAAUGUUCAUUAUAGUUGUCAUCAUUUAAUUCUGCUUUCAUACAAUGAAAAACCCAUUGACUCCAUUCAACAAGUCCUUCUCUGUUUCUCUGUUUUUUCUUGUGUUCUUCUUCUCUGGUGUUGACAACUUGAAUCUUGUUUCUUCUUCUCCUUCCUCCUGCUUCUCUUCUUCUGUUUUUGUAGGUCAACAGAAUGGAGACGGUUCCAAGAACUACGAGGAGCGCGCAAGAUCCAGUUACCUUUGUUCUGGGGUUAGCAAUAAAGUUGCUGCGGACAACAAUUUUGCUCCAUCACUUCUGCCACCAUCAACCUCGAGUUCGCAUAUAUACAGAGCAUCUCUUUCAGUGCAUAAUAAGCCUGCACAUGUAUAUACACCACCACAACCUUCAUCUUCCACCUAUGGAACUCCCUCAAGUCCACAGAGAAAAUCUUCAAACGUACCUAAACAUCCUUCUCCAGCAUAUAGGGCCUCUCAGAAGGUGUCUUGUGCAAAUAAUCAUCAACCAAAGGUCUAUAGAAGAUCACUAUUGAAACUGCUACCAGCUUCAACUUAUCAUCAACCUCCUACAUCUCCACCACCUGUUCAAACACCUCCUACUUACCCUCCACCACCUGUUCCAACUCCGCCAUCCCCACCACCCGUUUACAAGCCUCCGCCAGUAGAGAAACCACCUAUACCAGUGUCACCCCCACCGGUUUACAAUCCUCCACCAGUCGAGAAUCCACCUAUACCAGUAUCGCCUCCCCCAGCAGAAAAUCCACCUCCACCGGUUUACACGCCACCGCCAGUCGAGAAUCCACCUGUACCGGUGUCACCUCCACCGGUUUACAAACCUCCGCCAGUAGAAAAACCACCUAUACCAGUAUCUCCUCCACCGGUAGAAACACCACCCACCCCAGUGUCUCCACCAAGUUACAGUCCUCCAUUGAAUCCGCCUCUUGAAAAACCACCUCCUACUCAUAAGCCUCCUGUUAAUCCGCCUCCUGUCUAUAGUCCACCUAUUAGCUCCCCUCCUGUUUACAAACCGCCAGUAAUCCCUCCAAUCCACAAACCUCCAAUUGUCAAGCCGCCUGUUUAUAAGCCUCCAGUGAAACCUCCACCUAUUCACAAGCCUCCAAUUGUUCCUCCACGUCCACCCGCUCCUAUCUAUUCACCACCAAUCCCGCCACCGGUUCCUGUCUACUCACCUCCACCAAGUCCACCACCCGCUCCUGUCUACUCACCUCCACCACCAAUAUAUUCACCUCCACCAAGUCCACAACCUAUUUCACCACCCGCUCCUGUCUACUCACCUCCACCAAGUCCACCGCCCGCUCCUGUCUACUCACCUCCACCAAGCCCACCGCCUGCUAAACCUGUAUAUUCACCUCCACCAAGUCCACCACCUGCUCCUGUCUACUCACCUCCACCAAGUCCACCACCACCUCCUAUUUACUCACCUCCACCAAGACCAGUGCCUCCUAAACCGGUAUAUUCACCUCCACCAAGCCCACCACCUGCUCCUGUCUACUCACCUCCACCAAGUCCACCCCCUACUCCUGUCUACUCACCUCCACCACCAGUGUAUUCACCUCCGCCAAGCCCACAAAUACCUCCUCCUCCUGUAUACCAUUAUCCCUCACCUCCUCCUCCAAGCCCACCACCCACUCCCAUUUACUCACAUCCUCUACCAAGUCCACAACCUCCCACCCCGAUAUAUUCACCUCCACCAAGUCCACCACUACCUCCUCCUGUAUACUCACCUCCACCAAAAAUACCACCUCAUGUUCCUAUUCACAAACCUCCACCGAGUUUGCCAUCUCCUUCUCCCGUUUAUAAACCUCCUCCAAUACCUUCUCCAGUUCCAAAGUUGCCGCCACCAACCCCCACUUACCAACCACCCCCUAGCUUGCCGCCACCAACACCCACUUACCAACCACCCCCUAGCUCACCAGGAUAUGGAAGUCCUCCACCUUCUGGUUAUCAUUAAAUUUUCAAUGAAACUACUUGUAACAGUUAGAGUUGUAUCGACUGUAUUAUGUUCUUAGAAGAAUCUGUGAUAGAAAGCGUAAUAAUCCAUCAGAUGUAUGCCUUUGUUCCUUUGUUUUCCCUAUGAACUCGUUUCUGGUUUGAUUGAUGUAAUGAAAUUUCAUAUAGCCUUUAAGUUAUCUUAUUUUAUAAUUGGAAGUGCUUAAUAUCAUGAAUAAAAAGGAGCAAAGGAAAAAACCACAGAUUAUAAUCCUGACUCACUACCAAAUGCUCUCUUUUGGGAUUGAUAACACUCUUUCUUUGUUGGGGGUGGGGGGUGGGGGUGGGAGGAGUUGUGUGCAACAUCUACAAACGAAGAGAU